CAUAGGCCAUUUAAUUUUUUGCCAUCCUAAAAAAGUGUCACUUCAUCGCUCUUAGUUACCUGAGUCUGACAAAUGGGCUAAUGGUAAAAUCAUAAGGGUGACAUAUUCUUAAUUUUUCCCUGAUGCGCGUGUCUCCAUGCGGCUCCAACCCACUUAGUCCCGGCUGGGGCUGCUGCGGCGGCGAUGAAGCGGCCGCCGCUGCGGCGCUCGUUCGCGGUGCUCAUCUUCGUCGUGCUCGUCGGGGUGGGUUCGGUGAACACCGCGCUCCGGCGCGCCGCGGCGCCGGCGCCCGCGCGGGAGGCCCCGCCGCUCCCCCUCGACCUGGCGCGCCUCAACGCCACGCUCCUACGCCUGGCCGCCGUCGAUCCCUCCGAGGCGUCGCUGCGGCGCGACGUGGAUGACCUCCUCGAGGGCCGCCUCCCGGCCUCCUCGGCGCGCGCCCGCGCGUGGCGGCGCCGCGACAGGCUCCUCCUCCACCCUCUCCAUCUCCACCACCGCGGCCACCACCCGGACGACGGCCACGACACCCUGCUCCACCCGCUCCCGCGCCAGGAGCAGUUCCACCUCGACCCCGCCCUCCGCCGCGCGCUCCGCUCCUGGCACCGCCUCCGCCGCUACGACCCCGCCGUCCUUCGCAGCCUCCCCUCCCUCCUCUCCCUCCCCGGCCGCAUCCCCUCCUGCGCCGUCGUCGGCAACAGCGGCAUCCUCCUCCGGGCAAACCACGGGGCCCUCAUCGACUCUCACGACGCCGUGUUCCGCCUCAACAACGCCCGCAUCUCGGGCUUCGCCGCGCACGUCGGCAGCAAGACCAACUUCUCCUUCAUCAACAGCAACAUCCUCCACCUCUGCGCGCGCCGCCCAGGCUGCUUCUGCCACCCCUACGGCGAAGGCGUCCCCAUUCUCCUCUACAUCUGCCAGGCCGCCCACUUCCUCGACGUCGCCGCCUGCAACGCCACCUCCCACUCCCGCCACGGCGCCCCUAUCUCCGUCACCGACGCCCGCCUCGACGUCCUCUGCGCGCGCAUCGUCAAAUACUACUCCCUCCGCCGGUUCGUCGCCGAGACGGGCCACGCUGCCGAGGAGUGGGACCGCGCGCACGACGCGGCUAUGUUCCACUACUCGUCCGGGAUGCAGGCCAUCAUGGUCGCGGCGGGAGUGUGCGACAGGGUCAACGUGUUUGGGUUCGGGAAGGCCACCGACGCGAAGCACCAUUACCACAGCAACCAGAAGACGGAGCUGGACCUUCACGACUACGAGGCGGAGUACGCCUUCUACCGCGACCUCGCCGAGCGCCCGCAGGUAGUCCCCUUCCUCAAGGAUGCCGGGUUCGCCGUCCCGCCCGUCGUGUUCUACCAUUAGGCCAGCCUCCUAGAGUGCGCGCCAUGUGCUCGACGUUAUGUGUCACUGGUGGUUUUCUUUUUUUGGGUUUGAUUGGUGACUACAAUGUAUAAUUUGCUGUGUAAGGUGGGUUAGUGUAUUGUGAUUAGAUAAUAGGCAAGUUAAGAUAGCAAAUUUUCGUGUGCUGUUGGAGUUGGAAGGUGUAUAUUGGGAUUAGGCUACUCAUUGGUAGGAGAAUGAUUGCUUGGGUUUUUGACUUCAGCACGACAGUAGGCAGGGUUUGGAAUUGUAAUCUUAGACUGAUAUUUCAAUUAUUAAGAAACAAAUGUAUAUCUUACAUAUCAUCAAAAUGCAACUAUGUUCCCCUA